ACAAGAACACUUGAUAACGCACAUCACUCAAAACACUCAAACAUAAUGGCCGGCAAGAAGCGAACUCGCACGGGCGAGCUCAAACCAUCCACACCCACACCCCCUUCCACAUCCUCAAUGACAACAGACGCAAUCCCACCCUGCGCCCAACCCGAACCCCAACCUCAACCACCAUCCAGCACCCCCGCCCCACCAGUUGCCAACCCAAGUCGCAAACCCCCCAAACCCUCCCCAGCACGACAAAAGCUCCCCAAACUCCCACCCAACGCAAAAGUAACCCCCCGCCCACUCCUCCACCCCGCGCUCCCCACGCCAUUCAGUUCCGCCACCUCCCCCAAAACGCUCUACAUCCGCGCCUCAACUCCCUACAUACCCAGCAUAAAACGCAUCCGCAGCCUACUAGCGGAGAUCAGCCGGCGCGAGGUACAGUCGCGGGGAGGGAGGCGGGGGGAGAAGAUUGGGGAAGGAGAAGCGAAUGGGCGGUUGAGGGCGGGGGGUGUGGAGGGGCGGAUUGUGGAUGGUGUUGCGAGGGAGAUGGGGAAGAGUAGGGGGAAGGAGAGGCUGGGCGAGGUGGUGUAUGUUAAGGCUACGGGGCGGGCGAUUCCAAGGGCGUUGGAGAUUGGGGGGUGUUUUUUGGGGGAGGAGGGGGUGCGGGUUAGGGUUGAGAUGGGGAGUGUGAGGGCGGUGGAUGAUGUGGAUGUUGGCGAUGUUGGGGAUGGGGAGGGUGAGGAGGUGGAGGUGGAUGUGCCGGAGACGAGGCUGCGGAGUGUGAGUUCGAUUACGAUUAGUAUUGGGAUGGAGUGA